AGUGAAUGCAAUGCAUUCAGUUACGAGAUUAUGGGAGUUCUGACAGAGAUCGCUCUGAUGGUGGACAAGCUUCCCACAUGGGCCGCUCCUAAGCCUGUUGGAAAGAACAUACUGACGCUGACAGAUGAAGUCUACAUCCACCAUGAACCGUUGGGAGUGGUCCUGGUUAUCGGAGCUUGGAACUACCCCUUUGUCCUGGUUAUGCAGCCUUUAAUAGGGGCCAUUGCCGCAGGAAAUGCUGUAGUGAUCAAACCUUCAGAGAUAAGUGAAAAUACAGCAAAACUCUUAGCUGAGCUGCUGCCACAGUAUAUUGACAAGGACCUGUACCCAGUUAUUAAUGGAGGAGUCCCAGAGACAACAGAGCUGCUCAAGCAGAGGUUCGAUCACAUCUUCUAUACCGGGAAUUCCCAAGUGGGCAAAAUUGUCAUGGAAGCAGCUGCCAAGCACCUCACCCCUGUCACGCUUGAACUAGGUGGAAAAAGUCCAUGUUAUAUCGAUAAGGACUGCGAUAUCGACAUUGCCUGCAGACGGGUAACGUGGGGGAAGUAUAUGAACUGUGGUCAGACCUGCAUCGCCCCCGAUUACAUCCUCUGUGAGCAAUCCAUCCAGAACAAAGUAGUGGAGAAUAUCAAAAAGACUCUAAAGGAAUUCCAUGGGGAAGAUAUAAAAAAAUCUCCGGAUUAUGAAAGGAUCGUCAAUAAGCACCACUUUAAAAGACUCAUAAGGCUGCUGGAUGGACAGAAGAUAGCGUUCGGAGGAGAGACUGAUGAGGCUACAUGCUUUAUCGCCCCAACUGUACUCACAGAUGUGAGCCCAGAUUCCAGGAUCAUGCAAGAAGAGAUUUUUGGCCCCCUCCUUCCCAUCGUGACUGUAAAGAGCCCGGAUGAAGCAAUUCAAUUCAUAAAUCAGCGGGAGAAGCCGCUUGCCUUGUAUUUGUUUGCCAAUGACAAGAAGAUGAUCAAAAGGAUGAUCUCAGAGACAUCCAGCGGCGGGGUCACUGCAAACGACGUCCUCAUGCACUUCACUCUCCCAGAUCUGCCCUUCGGGGGAGUUGGGUACAGUGGAAUGGGUGCCUACCACGGCAGACACAGCUUUGAGACCUUCACCCAUCGCCGCUCCUGCUUAAUCAAGUCUCUGAAGAUGGAAAGUGCGAACGCCAUCCGGUACCCGCCGAACAGCAAGAAGAAGGUGGACUGGGCGAAGUUCAUCCUCUUGAAGCGAUUUAACAAAGGCCGAAUGGGGCUGAUUGCUCUGGCCCUGCUGGGUGUCAUACUGGCUGCGGUGAUAAAGGCAAGCAGGAUCCGGACUGGUCACAGGGCUGAGCUGAUUCUUAGGUGGCCUAUUCCUGAAAAGAAGUGAUGUGACCUGUUCUAACCAACCCUCAGGACUCGUCCCCUGAGCCACACGUCAUGCAAUGACCUGUUAAGAGUGGAACAAGUUAUGCCUUUUUUUUUUUUUCCUAUGAAACAUGAAGGGCCCAGAACAAUUGAAAGUAAAAUAAGAAAGCACCAGCUAGUCACAGCAGGCAUGGGCUGGCUCUUCCUGCUGCUUUGAAAAGCUGUGCUGCAAGAAAGGGGAUUAGUGCAUGGCAGGGAAUGAAGUAUUAACCCUGCAGCCACAGUGAAUUGGAGAACAGCAAAACCGGGCAUAGCCACUCCCUCCACUGGUGUAAAUCAUCACGUCCAAGGCUAGCUGCUUAUGUCUUACCGGGAAUAUCCCCUUGUGAGCUCCCCCAGCCUUUGCUGGAGAACUAGAACUCGGGCUUCCAUUUGCCUGAGAGCCAUGGCAGUUCAUUUCCUCCGUGAUUUUUCCAGAGUCCUCCAAAAAGAAGGAAAUCGGGGCCUGAUACACUUAAUGUAAAAAAUAAGCCCAAAAGUAAAACUGAGGCAGCUUUUACCUCUUAAGGGACCAAGACUUGCCUAAUGUUAUUGUAACAGUCUUGCACACCUUGCGGUUACUCUGCUAUGCCUUCUUUUCUGGUGGGCUGGAGACAGAUUUUACUAAUACUCCAGAUCAAUUGCACAUUGAGGCUGUUGCUCACCCUCUAACCCAGCACAUGCAUUUCUUGAGAUUCCCCCGGAAAAAGCAUUGUCUACCCAUUAGCCCUGUGAUUUAAUCUGACAGCAAAUUCAACUGGCUGCAGCUUCCUAAGUGGAAGACUUGCUGCACCUCUUAUAGGGUUGCAAGGUAUGUUUCUUGUGAUGCUGCAGUCAUCUGCACUCUUGUCUUCCAGGAUUGCAUUUUGAGAUGCAGGGGUGGCUUUUAAAGAAUUAGGAAUUAAAAGAAUUGGCAUAUUCCCAUUUAAUGCUGGAGGGAAGCAGCACAUUUUUUCAAGUGAAAUUUACCCAUGCUUAGAAAGACAUCAAUUGAUUAACGGGACCCGUUUCUGCUGAAGGGAAAGAAACCUGAUAAACUGAAACUAUUAGAAGAGGUUCUAACUUUUAAAAUAUUUUUGAUGGUAAGGAAAACAACUUGAUACACUGCUAAGCCCUAAAUAAUGUAUAUUGAAAUUAUUUGCCUUCUGUUCCAAAUGUAUUAAUGUUGAAUAUAUUUUGAAAGUACUAAAUAAACACUGUCUGACAGACAAGAA